AUGACAACUUUUGCUGAUAUCAAUUCAUUUGACUGGUCUUCAAUGCUAAGUGAUAUUCAACAACAACGUUCAACAAUGAAUUCAACUGCAACUAACAACAAUCAAUUCCCAAUGUCUUCAACCAUUCAACCAAAACAAGAAUUCUUUGCAGUUCAACAACAACAACAGCAAUUGACUCAACAACCUUCACCAGUUAGCUCUGAUGAUAAUGACAUGUGGUUUGAUAACUUUUUAGCUGAAGGUGAAAACCAAUCAAACAAUUCAUCAUCAAAUACAACCACAACCACUUCUCCAUUAGAAUUCAGCUCAUUGUUUGAUGUUGAUGACAAAAAUGAUGAUCGUGAAAGUUUAUUUUCUUCAACUGUUACAAGUCUUGAUAAUACUCCUUUGAUUAAAGCUGAAGAAAUGAAUCAACAAAUUCCAAACAUGGACUUAUCUGAUGUUCAACACGAUGCCCCUUCAUCAACCACCACCACACCAGCUUCAACUGAAACCAAAAAGCCAAAAAAGAAGAGAGCUCCAAGAAAGAGAUUAACUGCUCAUCAAAAACAAGCUCAUAACAAGAUUGAAAAAAGAUAUAGAAUCAAUAUCAAUGCAAAGAUUGCAGGUUUACAACAAAUCAUUCCAUGGGUUGCAAGUGAAAAGACUGCUUUUGAAACCGGUGAUGGUAUCAAGAUUGAACAAGAUGGUGAAGUUCCAAGAUUAAACAAGAGUAUGAUUUUGGAAAAAGCUACUGCUUAUAUUUUACAUCUACAAGAGAGUGAUGUUAAAUUAAAAGAAGAGAAUGAAAAAUUAAGAAGAGAAGUUGAAAGAUUAGGUGGUAAUGUGAAUUAG